AUGAAUUCCAACACGAAAGGGCUAAAAAAGCGAGUGUCCAUAGCAUGCGUCAAAUGCCGCGACCGCAAAGUAAAGUGCAUUCCUGUACCCGAUGAGGAACCUCCUCGGCGGUGCACUAGGUGCAAAGAAAAAAAUCAGCCAUGCCAAUACAUGACCGUCACCGCACAGUCGGAACAGAGGGGAAGUCUGCCCCCGCCAGCACAGACGGAUUGCUACCCAUACUACGAAUCAAGCCCUCCCCCAGCUACUCCGGUUUACCCUCUACCACCCCCUUUGGCGGACUCAAACUAUUCCUAUCCCCAGCAACCCUUUUCCAAUCAACCAUACUCAACCUCUGCCUACCAGAACUCAAACAACCAGAACGCGCCGCACGUUAGUCUUCCCCCGCCGUCCAACAUGUCUGCCUACCAAAACACAAACAACCAGACCGCGCCGUCCGUUGGUUUUCCCCCGCCGUCCAACAUGUCCCCUGCCUUCCAGGCCGCAGGCUACCAGAACGCGCCAUCCGUUGCGGCCCACAUGUCCUCUGCCUUCCAGACCACAAACCACCAGAACGCGACGCCCAUGAGUUUUUCCCCGCCGUCCAACAUGUCCUCUGCCUACCAUAACGCAAACAACCAGAACGCGCCGUCCGUUAGCUUUUCCCCGCCGGCCCACAUGUCCUCUGCCUUCCAGACCGCAAACCAUCAGAACGCGCCGUCCGUUAGUUUUUCCCCGCCGUCCAACAUGUCCUCUGGACAUCAAGCUUUCUCGCACGGUCCCCCGCGUCAGGCUGUUCCCUACGGGCAGCCGUCGUCACCGAUCCGCUCCAGACAAGAUGCAUCUGGGAAUUAUGGCACACAUGGCUAUACCGACUCUACCUACCACCAAGCCCAGUCUACGCACCAGAUGCCGCCAAAUGGCCAGCAGUCCUACUAUAACCAUGAGUGGCGUCAGGGUAACAAUUAG